CUCAGGGGGUCCAGUUUAAUUAAACAGGGUGGCCCUUUAAACAGCAGAAACAGUCCACUUUUCAGACUACCUGCUUAAAAAUGGCCCACCUGCAGGCCCGUUUUCAGCCUGUCAACAACCGCCAUCGUCUGCGAAUCGGACACUGCGAGGGACUCUGAGUGACUGCGGGCUUGCACCUAGCUAACGUAACGCAGCUAUCUGAAACCAAAGCUAAUCGGCUAUCUAACCUUAGCUGUAGCGGCUCGCUUCGCCAUAUGAUACUGACGCACAUUACACAGGGACAGACCUCUAUAGACAGCGAUUGGAUCCGCAGAAAUAACCCCGCAACGUUGAAAUGGACAAAGACGAAGCAGACCGGCUGAUAGAGAAGGCGAAGCUGUGUUUGCGGUCUGGACGGAAAGAACGGGCGCUGCAGCUGCUAUAUGAAGCCCAGAAUAUUUACCCCAGCACCCGGGCCAGAGUGCUGAUAGAUGCCAUAGUGAGGAACGGAGGCACCGCUGCUCCAGAGGCAAACCACGUGCCCCCACCGACAGGCUGGAGAGACGAGGACAUCAGAAACAGUGAGACGAGUAAUGCAAGUGUUGAUGAAAAGAAGAGCUACACAGAGGAGCAGCGGCAGGGUGUUCUCAGGAUAAAGAAUUGCAAGGACUUUUAUGAGAUCCUUGGUGUUUCCAAAAACGCCAGUGAUGAAGAUUUGAAGAAGGCCUACAGGAAGCUGGCCCUCAAGUUUCACCCCGAUAAGAACUUUGCACCAGGAGCCACCGAUGCUUUCAAAGCAAUAGGCAAUGCAUAUGCAGUGCUGAGCAACCCAGAGAAGAGGCAGCAGUAUGAUCAAUAUGGAGAUCAAUCUGCAGCUUCGAAUGCACCCCAGCAAUCCAGCCACGGUCGCCAUGGAUACCACCGAAACUUCCACAGAGACUUUGAGGCCGACAUUUCCCCAGAGGAGCUCUUCAACAUUUUCUUUGGAGGAAGGUUUCCCACAGGAAACAUCCACGUGUACACCAACCAGGGAGCCUCCUACUCUCAGUUCUAUCAGCCUCGUCGCCGACGUGCUUAUGAGAGGCGCGAGGAGGUGGUGGAGGACAACCAGAGUCAGAACACCUUCACAGCGUUCCUGCAGCUUCUCCCUGUGCUGGUGCUAAUUCUCAUAUCAGUGUUUACUCAGAUGAUGGCCACUAACCCUCCCUACAGUCUCUUCUAUAAGCCGACCAUGGGACUGGUGGUUUCCAGGGAAACGCAGCACAUGGGUGUACCAUACUACGUGGAUAAAAGUUUCGAGAAGGAAUACCGCGGAGCAGCGCUGGACGAGCUAGAGAAAACCAUUGAGAGCGACUAUAUUGAACACCUGCAGAACAGCUGCUGGAAAGAGAAACAGCAGAAAUCAGACUUGGCAAACCUCGGACAGCUGUACCGAGAUGAACGGUUAAAGCAGAAGGCAGAGUCGAUGAGGCUGGACAACUGUGAGAAACUGCAUCGACUGGUCGGGCGUCAGAGAGGCAAAUGAGGACUGUUUGAGAGGAGAACGUGUUUCUUUAUAGACUUUACAGUAAUGCAUUUUAUUGAAGUGUGUAAUUUAUCCAAUCUGGCCACUUUGGAAAGAAAUCUCUAAGGUAUAGCGCAGUCAGUGGGAGAUUAUGCCGCUGGAAACAAUGUGCCUUCUCUCCUCUUUGAUGGUAGGAAAUAGGAGUUGCAUGUUCGCUGCCAACCCUGGCUGUUGUGGUAACAGCAUCAAGUGCAAACUCACUGUGGCAGUGUGUAUGAUGUCUCAGAGCCUUUAAACUUUCUUAUAGAAAUGGCAUGCCAUACGGGGUCUCCCUUUGGGGUUAUGAAGGCAGUCGUAUGUUCACACAUACAUGUUUAGAUUUUGUAGUUUACCUGUAUUUAUUUUCUUGGAUGUUUUUGUGUCCUCGCUGAACUUUUAGGUGUAUUUAUUUAAUAGUUAAUAGAGUGAAUGUUACUUGAGCAACUUGACUCAUCUUGUUUUUUCUGUAGGAAGUAAUUAAGUACAGUGACUUAAAUAAUACUGUAGUCUUUGGACAAAUGUGAGAGCUUCUGUACUGUGACAUGACAGAGGACCUUUUUAUUUAUUCUUAAAACACAGACAAAUCAGACAUUAGAAAGGACUUAAUCUACUCUUGCACUGAAGCAAUAGGAGGCACAGUAGAGUAACAUGUUACAAAACAUGACCACAUUUUUCUGAUUAACGUGCUUAUUAGCAAAAGGUUAUACUUGCCAAAAAAUGAGCUGUUUCCUACAGUAGAGCUUCUGCUCCCUGCACUACUGCUUGCAUAGGUGUUUAUUGCAUUGAUCAUUAAGCUUUUGCCCUUCAGGAACUGGUGUUUUUUAUUAUGUUUGAGGCUUAAGCAUGACGAAUGACUGUAGUGUGUCGCAAAAAGAGGCCACGUUUUAAGGAAGUCAUUUUGAUUUAUCACAAGCAGCGAAUCCACUUUAACAAAAAAACAAAAAAACAAACAAAAAAAGCCCGUUCACAGUGUUCUGUAUCUGUAUGAUUGCCGGGGCUUAAAUGGCAUGCAAUACCUUUGAAACGUUGCUAAACCACGCAUCGGCUUAAAUCACUAGCUUUUAAUUUAUACUAAUGUUUUAUUAGGAAGACCCAUUGUGUUUAGAAAAUCUCAUCAUAAGCAGAAUGAACUACAUUGUUUUUUGAAAUUCUAUUAAAUAUCUGUGGAUAUGAACAGCUUUCUCCCACAGCUAGUAAACAGACUUUUUCUUGUCAGGUCUAGUCAUGAGUAGGAUACCAACAGAUCAUUCAAACCCAGUCCAGACAUUGAUACUUGUUGCUGUGCACUAAGACUGCCAGACUGCCUUAGCUGUCAUCAUGCUUUUGCAAUUCAGGUUCAUCUCAAGCACUUUUACGUUCAUAUUUAAUCUCGUGUUCCAUAUUGUUACUGUUGCAUGCACCCUAGUAAGAGUGUUUUAUUUGUUCCAUAUUUAUUUUGUGCGAACACAUCUUCAUGACUACUGACACGCUAAAACUUUUAGAUCUUUCAGGUCCACGCUGUAUUUCACAAACAUGUCAAACCUUUACUGUGAUACUUAAAAAUCAGGUUUUGGUAUCAGUCAGUGUGGCAGUACACUUGAGCAACAGGUUUUCAGCCAAAAAUACCAGAAAAUUAAAGAUGUAA